AUGGCCGUCACCGUGAUGCCCGCGGCGGCUUGGGAUUUGGUGACGCUGUGGUCAGAUGUCUGGGACGCGCCCCGCUUCCGAGGGGAGGAUCGGGUUCAGAAGCCCGUGCUGACGCGAGAGGCGCUGGCGCCGCUGCUGAAGCUAGCAGCCUCUUGUGUGGUGGCACUGCAGGAGAAUUUGAAGGGCACCUCGCAGGUGCCCGCGCAUGGCGCCUACGGUGCCUCGCGAGAACUUUUGGCAGCCCCGGCCAGCGUUGGGAAUCGGAGUCUGGGACCCGUGACACCAGCAGAAGCCUGUGACUUGGAGGACGCGGAGGCGCUCCGGAAGGCUUCGAGCUGGCGGGACUUCGAGCGCAGCGACCCGCUCUACGCGCUGAUGGGGGAGGUGCAGGAGGCCAAGGUGGUGGUGGAGGGCCACGUGGCGGAGGAGACCCUGAGGCGCUACCUGGACACUUUGGUGGUGCAGGGUGCUGCUUCCAAGCCCAAAGACUGGGUGGAGGUGUGGGCUGCGAUGAACAUCCCGGUGGACAGCCAGACUGCUGUGCUGUCCGUGAUUGUUGCGUUCUGCCUGCAGCACCCGCCCCCAGGCGGGCUGGGUGCCCUGCUGGCGGAGCUCAUCAAAGGGCACCGGGUGAAGACCAAGGCUGUGGAGGACGCCGUGGCGCAGGCCAUGCGCGGCAAGGAAGACUCCGAGGGCGUGCUCAGAGAACUGCUCUUCACCAUCUUUCCCAAGGGGCCCAACUCGGACUGGGGUUGGUCCCGAGUUGGCUGGAGCUGGCAGGAGUGGUGGAAGAUCUGCGCUCGCGUCUUGAGCUCUCUGAAGCCUCUCUCCGCCUUUGACGAGCUGGGGCUCUUGCUGGAGCGCAUCGAGCUGAGCAGCGGCGAGGGCCCGGAGAAGGUGACGCUGGCGAAGCAGCAGAUGUGGGCCGGGCCGCGGCUGGGCAAGGUGCGGGAGCUGCUGUGCCAGUUUGGCGGCUGUGCGGACGCGGACGUGAGGGCCUGCGUCCUGGCGACGCUGUCAGCCGACUGA